AUGAACUCAGCUACUCUUGACGCUGAGAUGCUCUUGGGCCCACCUCAAUAUGUCCGAAGAACACAACGUUAUUCACUAUAUCAUGAGAAGGUUGUUUCUUAUCGAUCUCUAAAAGAUUAUUCUUUUGAAUUGCACAUGUCGAUGUCUUAUUCCGUAAUGCGCAAUCUUCCAGAUCCUGCUAUGAUAGAACGUCAGCCAGAGAAAGAAUCGUUUGUGGGUGCACAUUUGGUUGACGCGCUUAUUGAAAUGCAUAGGUAUUUCAAAUUGGUGCCUGAAACCUUAUACUUGGCCAAUUCUAUCUACGAUCGAUAUAUGUCAAAGAGGAUAGUUUUUGAUAGGUAUUAUCAGUUGCUGUUAAUGACGUCGCUAUGGAUCGCGGCCAAGUAUGAGGAUAAAAAAUCUAGAAUUCCAACUUUGCAAGAAUUAGUUACUAUAUGUCAUCAAAUAUAUGACCGCGAACAAUUUUUACAGAUGGAAAAACAUAUCCUGGCCACACUAGAAUGGGAAAUUGCAGGUCCUUUAAAUUUACACACUUGUCUCAGCUGCUGUUUUGACUCGGAACCGUUCCUUGUCUCAUCUGGAGCGCCCAGCGCAUUGGUUAGUGUAGCGUCCUAUCUUUGUGAAUCUACAAUGUAUGAUAGGAAUUUCCUCCAUUUUACACCUGCAAUUAAGGCCAUAUGCGCAGUUUUGCUGGCGUCUACAAUUUGUAAUUUCCCUGAAUUUCCUAAUUACAUCUCAAAAAUAUUGUCAGACGCCAUAAAUAACGCCGAUAGUGGGUUUUAUGAGUAUGAAAAUAAUCCAUUAGAAGCUUUAAAUUAUGAUAACCUGUCAGAGACUGCAUCUGCAGAUGUUAAGUAUGACUUGCAUAAUUUGCCCUUUUGGAAGAUAACUCCCAGAACUCUGAACGAUAUGAGGGUUUGUUCCUUGUUGUACUUGAAUGACAUUUUCAAACAAAAACAUUUCUGCGGGUAUCUCCUUGCACUAUCAAAGAAAUACAGCCCAAGUUAUGUCGAUAUAUAUAUCGAUGAUUUUUUUUCAAAGAAUUAUGAUAUGUUAGCUGACCUGAUGGGUCUCACCACAAUAAGCUGCAACGGCAGUGUGUAUUCCUCUCCGAAGGAAUCUUUAGAAGCGGUUGAGCCGAUUAUUGAUCACUUAACUGGCAUAAUUCUAAUGAAGCCUAUGCAAGGUUUGUCGACUUCCAUAUUUGAUAAUAUUUUGCAACAGGCAUCAGACAGUGAAACUUCCCUAACAGGAAAUAUGCUAGGUUCUUUACCGUCGCCAGCAUCUUAUGGGUAUUACAAAUAUCCAGGGGGUAUUAAUUCCUCUACAAAAACUGUUUUCAGAAGUAGAGAACGGCUGCCAUCCGUAUCCUCUUGUAUAACGCCUCUUACACCUACUUCGAUUUCUUCUGGCUCCCUUUUCAGCACUGGCCCUCAGUCCUUCAAAUCUCCCUAA